AUGGCUCAACCAACGACGAGCAUUUACAUCGAAACGCCAGCUCCAGUGUCCUCUAUAGAUGCACGAAAUGACGCAUUGCUCCUUGGAUGCGAAGACGGAACUGUCCGACGAUAUCAGCUCCCCGAAUCCAGAGUCCGGAAAGCCUUGAUGGGUCUUUCUGGAGCCGUUUCGUGGUUAAGAUUCUCGCCUCUAAAAGGACAGCACGAUCACAUUUGGCUUGCAUGCGGAAUGGAUGUCACUGUUUCAUUUCGAUUUUCUACUUCAGAAUCCAUUAUAUCCGUGGCUUCAAGUGCCAUAAUCCGACCGGCACAAGCUCUCGCAAAGGUGAUGGUUCCGCCCGAGUCCGAAGAGGAUGAGAUCAACGAGUUUGAUAUCGUUAAAGAGUCUCUUGCAUUCACAACGGAUUCUGGGAGAAUAGGCCUAUUGAACCUCUCGACUCUCGAGAUUAUGUUUAUGCGACAGACGCACCGAAAUGUUGCCCUUCCAAUCUCUUUUAUUCCUGGACGCCCGGCUGAGUUAUGUUCUGGAGGAUACGAUAACACCUUGCUCCACUUUGAUGCCAGGACCGGCAGUCUGCUCUCGCACAUAGAUUUAGCACCGAAGAUGGAUGAAGACUCGGAAACAGCGUCCAUAUCCCUUUCUCCUCCCUUUGCGCUUAGCAUCGCCGUUUCGCCAAACGACAUGAUUGCUUGCUCGACAGCAUCCGGUCAUAUUUGGAUGGGGUAUGGUGGAUCAAAGCGCUCUGAACCAAAUGGAAAGCGCAAGAGCCGCAAGUGGAAUGGACUCAAGACUGAUGAGGGGCUUUGGUUUCGGGCGGGCAAUGGGCCAAUUGUUGCUGUUAAGUUUCAUUCGAGAAACGAAUCGCUCUUAUUGGCACUAUCCCUUCAUGGCACACUCUCUUGCUUCGAGACACCUCGUAAUUACAACGAUGCCAGGCCUUCCGAGGCGAAAUGGUCUCAUGAAUCGAAGAAAAUGGUCAAGGCGACGACAAUGGACGCACGAACCGUCGAGCAGGAACAGCAACACAGGCCACCAGCAGAUCUCGAGACUGUACUCAAAGACGAAAUCAAGGAGUAUCACUUUCAUAUCUACUUCCAUCAGAAGAACGAGGCCGAACACAAGGAGGCUCUGGCGUUGCGCGACUCAGUUCUCAAAUUGCGAAAGCAAGGUGCAUUCGUCGCAGUUCCUCUAUGGAGAGUCAACGAAUGGCCAAUGGGUCCACAUCCAGUCGGGAUCACUCCCAUCGUAAUGCUUGGAUUGGAGCACCGUUCCCGCUGGACCUCUCAACGCUCCCGGUUUUCAGUCCUCAGAUCCCGCUGCAAUAUGCGUCUCUCAAGCUAG